CAUAUGAGUCUGUCGCGGAAGGCAAUAGCGGAAUUGCCCUUCAAAAUCAUUCCUCAGUCUAACUAAAUUUCAGACAGCCAGGGUCGGUGAGUAGACAGGAGCCUACCAAACAUUUUACAGAAUGGGACUCACAAGUGAUGCCAGCUACAAGAAGCUCGAGCAAUGGUACAAGUCCAAUGCUGGAAACCUCAAUAUGAGGAAAAUGUUCGAAGCUGACAAGGACAGGUUCAACAAGUUCAGCCUGGCAUUAAACACAGACGGUGGAGACAUCCUUCUUGAUUACUCCAAGAAUCUCAUCAAUGAGGAAGUCAUGGCAAUGCUGGUGGAACUGGCCAAGUCCAGAGGUGUUGCGGAGGCCAGAGACAAGAUGUUUAGUGGAGAGAAGAUCAACUUCACUGAGGUGAAUAUCUUGGCACUGAACAUUCUUGUUGCAGAG